GUCCUCAAGAAGUAGGCGGCGCUGCAAUAGCGCAACUCAGGCGGUGGUUGGUGUAAGUAAUGCUGUUGUGCAAGAACGAACUCGAGUUGUAGCUCGUGCAAAAAUAAAGAUGAAAGGCAACGAACGUGAGUAGCUUGUCGUGCUAAGAGUAAACGCCUUGUUCAUUUCCAAGGUUGUUUCUUCUUCCUUGGAAAAGGAAUUACAGCUGUGGAGCCGCAACGCUAGCGCAGCACCGCGAUUUCCUGCUGGACAAGCAACUCGGUCCCGCAGAAACACCGUUCAAGGCAUACUUUUUGUCGUCGCACGCAGGAGAGUGGCGUUACACAACAUCACACGGCACUUUUUCCUCUCGCGCAGAAUUUGAUCCAGCCGCGAGUUUCAUUUUCCCGCCGUGUUGUGACGUUACUCAAGGGCUAACGCUGUCUUUUCUCGCGGUGAAGACACGAGUAGUUCGCAAAAUAAGCAACAGAUCGCGAAAACCAUUUGAGAAACCAUGCUGACCUCCAACUGGCAAACUGCGUCGAGCCAGGGCCCCUCGCCGCUGUACCGACCGCAACUGAAGCCGGUUCUGCAGAUCCCCACUCUGGGCGUGCAAGCAAACACUCGGGGCGUGGUGGUCGGUGGUGGUGCCAACCAGGGAUUAAAGCCGGGUGCGGGUCCGGCGGGCCACCCGCAUCCAAGCACAUCGUAUUGACUGCUCUGUCGGGGCACAGUGAAUCAUUUUCAUUUUGAUGUCCUCAGGAAAUGAAAGGGAUGCAGCAAUACGUAGUGCUACAGUAGACUACAUGCAAAGUUCUUCAAAUAUCGAUAUGUAAUGAAACAAAGACAAAUAAUUGCGUCCGUAGCAUGAAGGUUUUCCAGGAAGAAACUACUCAUCGAUGAACAUCAAUCAGAUCCUCCUCCAGCCACCUACCGCAUGCUUCAAACGGGGCAAUACUGGUCCAGCAAAAAGCGGGGACCCGGAUCCAGCCCGUGCAAAACCACGGGCUGGUCGUGCAACAAAAUGGAGCCUCCAGUACAGGCAGCAGUUCCAACGGCAUCUACCGCUACUCGCCCAAUCCGUCGGCCGCCACAUUGGUUCCGCAACUCGAAACGGGCACGUCCUCAAGCAGUUCCUCCUCUUCUUCGAUGCCGGGCUAUAAGCAGAUCUACAGUGCUGGUGCAAAUGCAAAUGGUACCGCGUCUGCGACCUCCACGCGACCGAUUGUCGGGGGUGGAACCAGUCAAGGUCAUCAUGGGCAUCAUCAUGCGUAUGGGAAUAAUAGUAAAGCGGGGAUAAAUAAGAUCAAUCAGUUUUCUGCACCGCCGAAAGCAGGUACAGCAAAUCAGGCGAUCAACGCGGAGCAAGGGAGUAGUAGUAGCACUAAAUUUCAACACCAGCAACAGGGGAGGACGAAGCUGACGAUUCCGAGUUCCCAGAGCGGCAACAACAUCUCAGACUCUCUGGCGGAGGGAAAUGUGAUCGAGAUUCUGGGACGGGGAGGCCGGAGCGAAACCUACCGCGUGCUGCGCCCCCUCGGAAAGGGCUCCUUCGGCUGUGUGUGGCAAAUCAAACGUGCGCUGGACACCGGGCCGUCCGGAAGGGAUUUUGCGCUCAAAGAAAUCCGCUGCAUCGGCGAGAAGGCGUAUGUUUUUCCUCUUGUUUCGAUACGCAUCAUGCGUCAGUUUCUGCAUAAAAAUGAUUUGAAGUACAUUCAUUCUAAAAUCCUAUAUCACUAAAAGGUGGCAUCAUACCAUCAAAAACCCGAAAAGGUAUCGCCAGGCGCAGUUCGAGGUGGAGUUAAUGCGGCAGUUGGGGAAGAAAUCCGUGCGCGCCCCCCUGUGCGAAGAGUACGAGGUCCGGCAGGUAAAACGCGACGAGUGGCGGAUCCGGGUGGUAAUGUCGCGGCUCCCCGGGGAGCCGCUGGACAGCUGGAUCGAGCGGGCCCGGGGCUCCGAGCGCCUGUCCCCCCGGCGCGGGCGGUUCUGGCGCGAUUUUGCGGAGUCCAGCCGGCUGGCGUACCGGCUGCUGGCGCAGCUGGCGCCGACCUUUGAGCAGGUGGAGCAGAAAGCGCUGCACCGAGACGUCAACUCGCACAACAUCCUGAUUUCUUCCUGCACCGCGGCCACGACGUCCAUGUCCUCCUCGAACAGCAGGGGUGAUAGUAGUCAACACCAGGACGGUGCUGAAAACUCGAGUUCUGCGCGCACCACGGGCCAGCAAGAAAUGGACAGCACGACGGCGGAAGAGGGCGAGCAACAGGAACACCAAAAUGGCGGCUCUUCUUCGUCCUCCAGCGGCUCUUCUUCUGCCGGGGCCGUCGGACCAGUACUUCCCGCGGGUAGCAGCGCAGACCUCAUCAUGGAGGACACUUUGGGGGCGGCAGCCUGCAUGGAUUUCUGGCUGAUUGACUUCGGACUGGCUGUUAACGCGAAGGAGUGGAGGGGACGGGACUACGGCCGCUGUGGCAGAGGUAAGUAGUUGAUUGCGAUCAGUGAUGUGGUACUGGAGGCAUGGAAUUUGUAGCUUUUACUUUGAUAUAUACCAAUAUGGUGCUGCCCAGUUGCAAUUUUUGGCGAAGUUUCCUGAAGAUAAAAACGUGCACUUUUAUCGCAGGCGGUCUGUACUUCGGCGCGGGAGACCAGUUUGCGCCCAACCGGUCCAUGUUCCCCACGCACCACGACGAGGGGGCGGACGGCAUGUGGAAAGUGUUCGACAUCGGCGGCUAUCAAAUGUAAAAAUGUCUGGGUCUGGAAGAAUGCAACUUGUGAUGCUGCGUUUGGAUUCCAGAAAAAUCUGUAUUGCAUGAGUGCCAAAAGGAAUGUAAUUUUUGCUACGCGGAGACGGCAUCUGUCAUGCGGACUAGGCAUCAAGAAGCUCCUCUCAAAAAAUCUGUGAUGCUAGGGCAUGCAUCACAGACAUCAGGGCUCACGCAAAACGUGCAUGACAAGUGUCACUAUCUUCCAGACCCAGACAUUUUUACAGUUGAUAGCGGCGACUGCAAGUACUGGCCGCCGAGUUCGUGGAAGCAGUUCCUGUACGGCUGGAAGUACCUCCAGAAUAGCAAGGACGAUUGCCGCCAGUACCGCACUCGGCUGGACCACUUCGCGAUGGGCAUAACCUGCAUGGAGCUUCUGUUCCAUCUCUGCGAUCGUGUGGAGGAACAGGAAUCUUCGCGAACUGGCUUGAAUUCUGCGUCCAGAACUAGCUCCAAAACCUCCUCAUCGCACUCGCUAAACCCGGAGUCUGAAGUAUGAGUGCACAACUACUCCCUCCACUGCGAUUCUUUUCUAUGUGCAUACUAUGAUGACCAGAAAAUCUACACUUUGUCAUAGCCUCAGAGCAGUGGUUGCAUUGUGACAAAAGCCCUCUACUGUAGUGCGACCUCCGUGGAACAAUGGUCAUGCAGGAGAGCGUGCAUCUGUGCUCUUGGGUCUUUUGCGGUAGUAGCACUUCAGGUUGAUGUCGUGGGGGAAUCGGAUUUGUGCACUCUGAUACACAGACUGUCCGUCCUCCGUGCUAGCGCAAGCGAUCCUGGAUGUAUACGAUGCCUGGAAGCAAUACUGGAGAGACGCGACGAGAGUAAGAUUCGUAAAAUUUUUUCGUGAAGAACAGCGAUAUAAUUCCGGCACCUCAAGCGAUCUUGCUGUGCAUCCUCUCUACCACCACUCUUUGUUGCGUUUUGGUUUUCAACAUCGGUAAAAUAAUUUAUUCGCCCGCGUCAACUCAUUGCCGCUUAUAUAUGCAGAAACAUGAGAUGACCUGCAAAGGAAAGAAGCAGGCAACGCCACCCCAGGAGGCAGACAUGAACGAUCUGGCAGCACCCCAGCCACCAAAUAGUCUAUAAAAGCAUCAAAUAAUAUAGACUAUUAGAACUCCGUAGUUGAGUAAACCUACCUACCUACCUCCCACAACCAUUAUGAAUAAAAUCGAACAACAGAUCUGGCAGCAGCUGUUCGCGACAUUCAAGGGCACGUCGGGCAAGGACUGGCAGCAGCUGAAGCAGCAAUUCUGCAAGGAGAACGUUUCCCAGGUUUCCGCCAGCAACGUAACCCGGUUAAAAGCGCAGCUCCAAAAGUGUUCGCAGCGCUGCGCAGCGGAUCCGGAUUGGUGCUACUUGUCGGUGCUGAUGUCGGUACUGCACGACCUGAUUUCGGAGUGCGGUAGUCUGACCUGGCGCGACGUGAGCGGGAAUCUGCGCAACGCACUGGCGAAUGCAAGCGGAAAUGAACCAGGCGACGGAAGUGCAACGGUCGACCCGAGUGGAGCAAAUGGUGCUGUAUCCAGUGCAAAAGCUUGUUCUACCUAAUAUCGGGCACCAGGUGCACCUCCAUUAAGAAAUGCAUUUUUGACAUCAAAGGACGGCCGUUCUUUGUAGGUCUGAUAACCGUUAAGAUAUACGGCCAUGAUCAUGUCAGGUGCUGGUCAGGUCGUCGCUCGUUGGUUAUUAAAAUAUUUGCGGCACUACACCUCUUUUGCACCGGACAAUAUUCUACAAGUAAGCAACGCGCGGGUGCAGCUCCAACCGCGACAACACCCAGAAGGCCGUCACAGCGAGGACACCACCACACAGAAAGCAGUCAACAGCCGCUGGUGCAGCACAACAGUAGGCCUAAUUCCGCGCAUUCCUCGGAUUCCUCUACUCAGCAGCAAAAAAACAACCAGAGGGAGCCACAGCACCUGCGCACAACCUCCGCCAUUGACCAGCCACAGCACGUGCGCGCGGCGUCGUCGUCUCUCCACCGGGGCAGCAGCGUACACCUAGACCAUUACUACGACAUUUCGCCGCAGAAAGCGCGACGAAACAACAGCAACGUGACCAGUGGCGAUAACGGCGCCGGCGGGGGCGUGGGUGGGUUUUACAGGUGAUGGGUAAAUAAAAAGGCUCUAGUAUUCGCACCCGCGAUGAAACAGGAGUUUUUGGGUAAAGGGUCUGCGGAAGUAGAACGCGGAUAGACCUGCUGGAUGCGAAGCGAUAGUUUUUCGCCCGGCCGCCGCCAGUGGUUGCGCAGGUGCUGCACAGAAAUUUUUUCUAUAACCAAAUUGAUAUCUAGUACUAGGCCGAUGUAGUUCUAGUUGUUGAAACAGAUAUGCGCUUUUUUUCUUCAGAAUGGUGGUGCCACAAGCGACUAAAUAAGAAAUCAAAAAGAAGUGUCCACCACAAGUUCGCGGAAAGCGAUCCCGAAGAAGCGAAGUGGAAAAGUAUCAUCUUCAAACACUUGCAAAAAAGCACAAGAAGUAGCGAGCGUUUUAGUAUCUCUGGUGCGCAUCAACUUGGUGUUGAUAUGAUGCACAGAGUUUUACCUAGGCAGAUCAGAAGCUCUCCCCGAACAGCUACAACUUUUUUGUGUACAACUAUGCUCGUUGCCAGUGCCAUUUUUUUUUUCAAAAUGUUCUCGGACAAACAUCCGCAUUUUUUUUUCGAAGUUGUCGCUGGUUCGAUGUUGCGUUCUUUCUGCAGCAUUGUGUGCGGUCUUCCUGUUAACUAAAUGAAUGUACAAAUGCCUGAUGGUUGGACGAAGCAACGCUGGUGUUGCGGUGACACAAGUUUGGACCCUCGGGCUUUGCAGUUGCACAAAAAAGUGUUGGAAAAUAAAUGCAAAUUCCUCAUGCAUCAAAACUUGUUUGCUAAU